AUGGCCAUGGUGGUCGGAUGUGUGCCACCACCUCCCAUGAACAGGGAGGAGCAGGAUGUUGGGUACCCGCAGGCUCAACCAUGGUGGUCAACACGGGGACGUGAGCGUGCAUGGGUGGCGUCUGUGGACGAGGCAAACCAUCGUUUAGCAACAAACAUGCAGAGGCAGCUUAUUGGACGUGCAACUGACAUUCACAUUAGGCCCCUGAAUGAAGAGAAAGCUAUUCAAGCUGCUACAGAUCUUCUUGGUGAACUGUUCAUUUUCUCGGUUGCUUGUGGUGCAAUAAUCUUUGUGGUUCAUAGAAGUGGCAACUCAGAAGCCAGAAAAGAAGAGGCCCGUAAUAAGGCACUGGAGGAAAUAAAGGAGAAGAUGGAGGAGCUCGAGAGGGAAAAGCAGAUGAUGAAGCUGAGAGUGGCCGAGGUGGAGCAGGUAACCGGGGCAGGGGGAGGGUGGCCGUGGGUUCUUCCAAGGGCCUUCACUUCCGGCGCUGCCCAGGCAGAGCCAGAGCCAGAGCCAGCAGCUCAGCAGCCCACGGCUGCUUAGCUGCCGAUGCCAGAUGCAAAUCGCCUCUGUAGGCAGUUCCUUGAAUGAUUCCAUUGCGUUGGAAACCCAACGCUGAGAUUUGUGUAGCGCGAGUUGUGAAUAGUCCCAGAGAGACUUGGUCCGAAUUGGAGAUGUCGAUGGAGGAUGAUAUAUUCCUUUCUUUCUUCUUUUUUUGACAUCAGAGGAUAUUAUGUUCCUGGUAGUAACGAGGUACCUAGAAUUGUAGUUACUUCGUGUUCAGAUUCCAUAGUUAUACUAAUAUUAUAGAGCAAUCAAGGUAACAACUCAA